UCUCUGGGUUGGAGGAGUGCACAUUAACUUUCCCUCAUCACUCCUGCCAUUUUAUCUGGCUUUCAAAACGGGAACGCUGCGCUUCGCUAAUGCGUUCAUCCAUAUUACAUUCCAAAUUAGAUAUUUUAAUACUUUUGUGAAGCCAUUCUUAGGCUGAACCUGAGCUAAAGAAACAUUUCGGGAAACACCUGGAUAGACUACUGCUUUGGUUUAUACAACUUUAAUUUUUCCACUUGAGAUUUCUAUUCGGCUCUUUCGGGUCCAUUCCAAAGACUUUGAAUACUAUUUGUAGCCUAUAUCCUGUUUCGAAUAGACUAAAGCAGCUUUUACCACAAUAUUUAAUUUUUCUAUACCAAAAGUUUUCUUUUUAACCAAAUAGUACGACAAUGGCAGGUUUGAAUUCUUUGGAAGCUGUGAAGAGAAAGAUCCAGUGUUUGCAACAGCAAGCCGACGACGCAGAAGACCGGACCCAGGUUUUACAGCGAGAACUGGAUGGGGAACGAGAACUUCGGGAGAAAGCGGAGGGUGAUGUGGCGGGUCUGAACCGCAGGAUCCAGCUAGUGGAGGAGGAGUUGGACCGGGCCCAGGAGAGGCUGUCUACCGCGCUGCAGAAACUGGAGGAGGCAGAGAAGGCCGCAGAUGAGAGCGAGAGAGGAAUGAAGGUGAUAGAGAACAGAGCCUCUAAGGACGAGGAGAAGAUGGAGAUCCAGGAGAUGCAGCUGAAGGAGGCCAAGCACAUUGCUGAGGAGGCCGACCGCAAAUACGAGGAGGUGGCCCGUAAGCUGGUGAUCUUGGAGGGAGAGCUGGAGAGAGCUGAGGAGAGGGCAGAGGUCUCAGAACUUAAAUGCAGUGACCUGGAGGAGGAGUUGAAAAAUGUGACCAACAACCUCAAGUCCCUAGAAGCCUCGUCUGAGAAGUACUCAGAAAAAGAGGACAAGUAUGAGGAGGAGAUCAAGGUUCUUAGCGACAAGCUGAAGGAGGCUGAGACUCGUGCAGAGUUUGCAGAGAGGACUGUGGCCAAACUGGAAAAGUCCAUCGACGACCUGGAAGAUGAACUGUACGCUCAGAAGCUGAAGUACAAGGCAAUCAGCGAGGAGCUGGACCAUGCCCUCAAUGACAUGACCUCCUUGUAGAUGUCUCUUCCUGUCUGUCUCAUGCUGCCUCUAGGGUGUCUGUCCUCUCACCCUUCCCACUGUAGGCCUACUGUGUCCCAGGGUUCGCUUCCAGAAACACAGGCCGUUCUCCAGUUCUCUGUGCCUUCUGUCCAUCUCACUGUGCAAAUGAAACUCAUUAAAAGCCUAAUCUUUCCUACGUCUAAACCAGCCUUUCUUCUUGAAUUAAAUGUUUGAACGUUUCAAAACAACUGUUUUAAGAAGGUGAGAAUUUAUGGAGUGACGUAUGCAUUCACGUUGAGUGUCCCUCACCUCUUUUGCAUAAAUGUCACACAACUGUGUAUCUCUUGACUAACACACUCCUGGUUGUGGUUGCAGUUGAAGUAUUUGAGGUGUGUUCACAGCAACGUGUUUUAAAACGUGUGCAUUUUGCUUACAGCUCAUAAGAUCGGAAAUUUCCGGUGUCUUUGUCUUUUAAGUUCAGUUCAACAAAUUGCUUUCAAUAGACUGUCACUGUACAUAGUUGCUGAAUAGAGGCAGACUUCGCCAUCAUCCCAUUUUAUGCACGUAAAUCUGCCUUUUGUUUUGGGUUAGGGUUCUUUAGUGUGGUUGGGGUUUGCAUAUGGAACAACUUAACAUGACCACAGCAGUUAUGUUAAACAGCUGUUGGACAUACUGUAUAAGAACCGCUUUGGCGUCAUUGUAGACUAUUGUUUACCAAACCUAAGGAGAAUGAAUGAAUAUGAAUCAACUUUAUGAUGCUCCUGUCCUGUGUGGUUUCAUUAAAUUAUUCUUCAAUAUGUCAUUCUUUUUUAUUUUCCAGAAAAAUUAGCAGGUGCUAAAGAAGAGAACUUGGGGAUGCAUCAAGUCCUGGACCAAACACUGCAAGAGCUCAACAGCUUAUAAAAAUGAUGAAGAAGAUGGAAAGGAUAAAAGUCUUGCAACAUUCCAUAAAUAUUCAAUUUCGUUCCACAUUUCCAGCUGUAAAGUCUUAUUCCCAGGGAAAGGGGAUUAACUUAAAUACUUGUACCCUUAAUAUUCUCUUCUCUUUUUAAGUCACAACUUUCUCUCUCUCUCUAAGAGAAAUGCAUUCCAAAUCACCAGCUUCCUCAAAUCCCGUUUCUUAUGUUUACAGCAUUUUGUUUCAUGGAACUUUGAGAUUAUAGACCAGCAUUAAAAUAAAAUGGAUUAUGACCAUAUUUACAAACAGUCUUAUAUUCAGGCCAAUUAGUAAAGAAUAGAAAAAAACAACAAUUAAUAUCUGAAGUGUGCACUCCAAGAGCAUGUUUUUGAAAUAGGUCUUGUGACAUGGUCUUCAUUUUACGUAUGAUUCAUGAGCUCCACCUCGAGGUCUUAUGUGAACAGUUUACAGGAAUCAGCUUUACUGUCCAUGCACCCAUCGACAUGGUCAUAUUUAAUGCAUUCACAAUGUGUGUGACCAUAUUCACAGGUUGGACUGUGCCUUUUCAGAAUGAGCCAAUAUCCUACCUUUGGUGUGCUUGCGUGUGUUAACAUGGUCGUUGAGACGAAAGGAUGACUCAAGGAAAGUAUGGUGAACAUGUCUGUGGUGCUACUUGUGGUGGUAAAAUACUAUGACGGACAGUCAGGUGGAGGGUUUGCCAAAGCCAAACUCAAAAUGUUUUUUGAUGUGAAAAGAGCCUCAUGCAAAUCCUUUAAAGAACUGCAUCCCAUCCUCUGACUUAACCUAUAAUCUGUAUGGUUUUAAAGUGCCACCAUAUGCUGACAUGCAGCUUUAUAGCACCUCCUUUCCACUAUCCCAGCUCUACAUUUGACUGCCUGAGCCUUGGAUGUAACAUCACAUUCCUGGUAUUAAAUGUGGUGGUAGCAUAUGCAGUAAACGUUAUGCCAAAUAAGCACCACUGGAGCCUCAAUCAAGGUAAUACAACAUGGAUACUUAUUGUAUAUAGUAGAAUAAUGUUAGUUAUUGAGAAGAUGUAUUGCUCCAGUUUUUCACCACUUUCCGGCAGGGGAACUCUCGAAACCAAAGAAUACACAUACCAGAGAAGAUGAACCCUCAAAUGUUUUUUAUUGUUGUCUGUGAAGGUGAUCAUGGCUUCUCAUCCUUGGCCUGUGAAAAAAGCUCAUUUGACUUGAGUCUGUGUUGAAAUGUUUCAUUCACCUUUCCCUCUUUCAAUCUAAUAAAUUUUUACAAAACAAA